CUUGUGGCCACUUCGAGCCUUGCCUGCAGCCUAGCCGUACAUUCCACAGACAGAUUCAACAUGGGCCGCCCACCAGCAAAUUACAAACGUCUCAUUGUGCUUUGCGACGGAACGUGGCAGAGUAUUCUGAACGUCAACAGCCCUAGCCAUCCAACCAACAUUGCCCGCUUUGCUAGAGCCAUCAGCCCUGUAGCGGUAGUCAAAGACAAGGACAAUGUAGAACGGGAGGUCGAGCAAAUCGUCUACUAUCAACCUGGCGUUGGGUCAGGAAUUGGCGACAAGAUCCGCGGCGGCGUCUAUGGCGCUGGGCUCUCUGCCAACAUCCGGGCGGCCUAUGCUUUCCUGGCUCACAAUUACGACCCGAAUCCCGGAGAUGAGAUCUUCUUCUUUGGCUUCUCCCGCGGUGCCUAUACUGCCCGCUCGAUCGCUGGUUUAGUGACCAAGCUUGGACUGCUUACCAAACGCGGCAUGGACUGGUUCCCUCAAGUCUACGAUGAAUACUACAAGGACCCCACCAGCAAACCUGAUUUCGACUUCUCUCCCACCCUCAAAAAGCUGAUCGGCAAUGACUUGAGCGUAAAGGCAAAAGAAGCAAUCAAGAUUGUAGGGGUUUGGGACACGGUCGAGUUUCAUUCCGAGGGAUGGGGUGGUGAAAAGAUCGAAUUCCACAACGCCGAGUUGUCGACCAAGGUCCAAUACGCAUAUCACGCGCUUUCGCUAGACGAGCGUCGAGUCCCGUUCAUCCCAACACUGUGGCAGUGGCCGAAGGACCCGAACAACGAGUCGCAAUUGUACCAGCCGACAUAUGGUGCGGGGCUUCAAGUGAUGAAGCAGGUUUGGUUUUCUGGGGCCCAUAGUGAUAUCGGUGGCGGCAGGUAUGAUCCCGGAGGCGCCGAUAUAACGUUGGCGUGGAUGCUUGCCCAGUGCUCCAAGGACAAGAAACUGGCAUUCAUCGAUGAGGAUCCCGAGCACCCGGACGACCCCGCCGACUAUUACCUGCUCCCAGACCGACUCAAGCCGAACCCAAACAAGACGUGGAGUCAGUUGGGACACAAGCUUGCUCCCGAUCCCAGCGAGGGCAUCAUCGACACCCUCACGGGGGCGGUCGAGAACAUUGCCGUCGAGGACCGAAAGGCGUGGCCGAUGGCGAACACGUUCGAACGGAUCCACCGCUCGAUCCACGACCGAAAUCUCCACAACUGGCCCUGUGGCAUGCUCAACGGCAAGAACCAGGACGGCCUCUGGGCACUGGACAGCCCUGGCAAGUAUGGCAAAGCUCUGCCGGAAUUGGAACGCGAUGAGGCGGCUGAUGCCAUCGAAGACAAGUAUCGUGGGAGAGUCCGUGCGGUGCCGGGUUCGAAGGGCGGUCCUGCUAUACCGAAACUAUAAGAGGAAGUUGGAACCAGUUAUGUCCGUGGUCAUCGGGUUGGACGGUCAAAUCUGUUCUGGUGCUCCCCUUGCUGAGAAGGAAUACUGUUCUUUCUUCUUGUGCUUGUUCCGCAAAGAAUACAGCAUUCCAAUGGACUAGUCUUUCACACUUCACAUCUUUAACGAGUACUCUUUGGUAUGAUCCAUUUUCGGAUUAACAGGCCUGGCAAUGAAAGGACCAACAACCAAUACAUAGCAGGUCGUUCAAAGAUUCAAUGCGGGAAGCCG